ACCACAGCUGAUUGCACGUGCGUUGCAUCACGCAUUACCAGAUCACGUUCCCGAAGAAACAUGAAUCUCGGACAGUUCCUUCGUUCGAACAAGAAUCAUAAUAUGCAUCGUUCGUGCACGAAAGUCUACAGUCAUCUUUUUAUUUAUCCUAAAAUUAGUGUCCCUUAAGUAGUAUUUGUUUGUUAAGCAAGCGACGUAAUAUGAGAUGAGACAGUCAAGUGCAUGCUGGAUUCUGUGAUGCGAACCUUGGUGAACCUCAAUAAGUAUAUGCACAAUUACGAGAAUCUCCCGGUCAAAAGUAUGAGUUCGGUAUUUCGAAUUUUUGUUUACUUUUCGAAACAGUGCUGUUAAUUGACGAACAAUGGAACGGGACGAUCUAGGCGCAGUGGCCAAAAUACCUAAACAGGAUUUGGUCGCUCUGGCAAAAGAGAUAGAAAAAGCGGACAGUUUUGUGAAGUCUAAUGCUUGCGGUAAACUACAGGUGAUCGUGGAACAAAUAAGGUUUCUGAAGAAACAAGCUGAGAAUGUUCUCACGGAGGCCGAUUGGAAUAUGCGACUGCAUCACGUUGCAUGCAAUUUCGUUAAACGACCCGGACACGUGUAUCAUCUCUAUCAACGAGAAACCGGUGAAGAUUACUUUUCUCUGAUCAGUCCGGAGGAAUGGGGUGACUCUAGUCCGACUUACAAAGGUUCCUAUAGAUUGGAGCAUGACCGUUCGUGGACGUCAUUAAAGGAGACUAAAGAGAAGGACAAGGAUCUGGCAAUGCUGGCCAAAAUAUGGUCCAACAUUCCUAACUCUGAGCUCAAAAGCAUCGAUCUAAAUUUGACUAAUGAUAACAUGUAACAGAGUUACUACUAAAUAAAUUCUAUUCAGAACCGAUGUAUUUUCAACAAGA